UUUGGCUCAAGUAUCCUGCUCGCAGUAACGGGCUGCACAUAUGGGGCUAUGAAUAAGGUUCCUGAUGAGCUCCAACUCUUUGUCUCUGGGAGGACGAGGUUGUGCCCGGAGCUGGAGGAGCCGUGCCACGCGCCCUGAGAACGUGGCCCUUUCCCGCACACGUGGAGGAUGCUUACCUGCUUGGCCAGGGGGAAUUUGCUGGACGUAUUGCAAGAGGGCUUCACGGAGCAGCAGCUUCAAGCUUAUGUGGCCUGGGUGAAUUCCCAGCUGAAGAAGAAGCCAUCAAUCAAGCCGGUGCAGGACCUAAGGCAGGAUCUCCGAGAUGGGGUCAUCCUUGCCUCCCUCAUCGAGAUUGUAGCUGGUGAGAAGCUGAGUGGCAUUCAAGUCAAUCCUACCAGCCCACAAGAAAUGCGGGGCAAUGUGGAGAAAGUCUUGCAGUUCGUGGCAUCAAAAAAGAUCCGCAUGCACCAAACCUCGGCGAAAGAUAUCGUCGAUGGGAACCUGAAAUCCAUCAUGAGGCUGGUCCUGGCCUUAGCGGCUCAUUUCAAACCUGGCUCGGGGAGAGCGGUCAAUCAGAGCCCGUCCGGCGUGGCGGGGAAGAACCCGUCGGCAUCGUCAGCCAGUCACAGGCCUCAUUCAGCUGCUGCCAUGGCCCAAGGGGCAGUGGCUGCUCUGGCAGAUGUUCGCCAGGAUGUCUCACGCUCUGGACGUGAUGUUUUCCGGCACAGACAGAGAAACAGCAGUCUAGAUGAAGAAAUUGAGAAUCCCUACUGGAGUGUCCGAGCACUGGUGCAGCAGUACGAGGGACAUCACACCGUGCCCUCCGAGUCCCGCUCCUUCAGUCUCACAUCGCCCAGCCCUCUCCAUAGCUCCAAGAGUGAGUCCAUUGCAACCCAGUCAGAGGAGAAGGCAGGCUUUGUGAUUAUCCAAGCUGAAGAAACAGAAACCAAAACAGAAGAGCCAGACUCUCCUUUUCCACCUGAGUGGCAGGCAGGGAACCCUGGAUCCUGUCUGGAGACGUCAUGGGAGGAGCAGCUGCUCGAGCAACAAGAGCAUUUGGAAAAGGAAAUGGAGGAGGCUAAGAAAAUGAUCUCAGGCCUGCAGGCUUUGCUGCUCAAUGGGUCUUUACCUGAGGACGAGCAGGAGGCAUCCUUUGUCCUUUGUGAACAUGGAGCCUGUCCAGAGGAGCAGCUGAUUAUAAUCCGAAGUCGGCUGGACCAGAGCAUGGAGGAAAAUCAAGACCUGAAGAAGGAGCUGCUGAAAUACAAACAAGAAGCUCGAAACCUCCAGGGAAUAAAGGAUGCGCUGCAGCAGAGGCUGGCUCAGCAGGAUGCUUCUGUUCUUCAGCUCAAGCAGGAGCUGCUGAGAGCAAAUAUGGACAAGGAGGAGUUACACAACCAGAACGUCGAUCUGCAGAGGAAGGUUGAAGAGAGGAACCGGCUCCUGGGAGAAUACAAAAAGGAGCUGGGCCAGAAGGACCGCCACUUGCAGCAGCACCAGGCCAAGUUGGAUGAAAUGCUCCGGCAGCUCUCCGAGGCCAGCUACCAGCAGGCAGAUUUGGAGCGGGAGUUGGAGCACAAGGAAGCCCUGCUGGCCCAGUGCAUGAAGAGAGAAGCAGAGGAGGUGAUGGGCUACAGCAAUCACAGCACCCAGAGCAAUGGCUUCCUGCAGCCAGCAAGCAAAGUAGCUGCCCCCACAGCCCACAGAGGGUCGAAUGACCUGCAGCUGGUGCGCGAUGCUCUCCGCAGCUUGCGCAACAGUUUCAGCGGCCACGACCCGCAGCACCACACCAUCGACAGCCUGGAGCAGGGCAUCUCCAGCCUGAUGGAGAGGCUGCACCGCAUGGAGACGCAGAAGAGGCAAGAGAGAAGGGUUCGAGGGAAGUCGCCGGCAAGCAGAGCAGCCAAUGAAUAUCGGGACUCCUGGCCUCCCAACUCCAAACUGCCUCACUCUCACAGCACGCCCACGAUGAGCAGCAGUGCCUGCACCAAAGUGCUCUACUUCACAGAUCGCUCACUCACUCCCUUUAUGGUCAACAUACCAAAGAGGUUAGGUGAAGUGACUCUGAAGGACUUUAAGGCAGCUAUUGAUCGGGAAGGAACCCACCGGUACCACUUCAAAGCCCUGGAUCCAGAGUUUGGCACGGUCAAGGAGGAGGUUUUCCAUGAUGAUGACAUCAUUCCUGGGUGGGAGGGGAAAAUUGUGGCCUGGGUGGAAGAAGAUAAUGGGGAGAAUUAACUAACUCCUAGGUGGUGUUAUUGUGGGCACCUGUAAGUGGCUGCUAUGUCCAGAUACAAUGACCAAAAAGAGCGUGAGCUGGGAUGCGUCCAAUGCAAGCUGCCAAAAGAGAGGACUUCUCUGCAAAUGACGGGUAAAACAGGUUUUUGCGUGCGAGGAAGCCCGGCAUCUCACUUUCCAUGGCCAAAUGCAGACAGUGGUGUGAGACUGAAAUGACAGGUUUGUGGGAAGGAAUCAUCUUGCUUUGUGCUGUUGACAAAACCCGAAAGGCCUUAAUGAUGUGGUUCUCUCUUCCCCUGUCUCUGCAUUCCCAAAAUGCCUGCUGCUGUUUGACAUCUGGACAUGUCCACUCUGAUCUCUGGCAUACAGUAUUACGUGAACCUGCACUCAUGGCUAAGACAUGAAGCUCUGCCCUUAUGAACCAGAAGAUGCUGCUAGAUUCGACGUACCAGAGGGUGUGACCAGCCAAAGCCAGUCCCAGAGCGUGUGCUGAAGAGGCAGAAUCCCCCCCCCAGAGAAUUGCGUGGCUUCUUGCUCCAGGAACCUGGCAUCACGGGGAGGGCAUCUGCCAGGCAGCACAGCGUGCGAUGCAAGGCAAAGACCAGCAAGGCUGCCCUUGUUCCCCAACACAGGCUUCUGCUUCCCAGACUUGCUUCUCCCGUUCUCCCUCCAACCUGUACUCGCCUCUGCGCUCGUCUGUGCUUCUUGCUUUAUUGCCUUGGGAACAAAGGUGCUUCCUUACUGGCGAUGGAUUUUGUUUUGGGGGAGGGCGCAGGAUCUGCCCUGGCUCUGGCACUUCUGCCUCUUCCUUCACUGCCCCCUUUUCCCUGCAGCUAUCACCAUUCCUGCACUGACCUUUCUCCAGCUAGGCAGACAGAUCAUGCCAUCUACUCUCCCAGGAGACCCAGCAGGGCUGUUUCUUUCAGGACUAAGCGGUGGCACAUUGGUGCAUCCAUGUGAACCUGGUGGUCACUGACUAGUUGGGCUAUCAAGCAACUCACCAGUGGCAGGACAGAUGUGAGCAGCAGCCCCAUUCCUCUGCAUGCCUUCUCCACUGGGGAGCUAGAAGCGGUUGGUUGGGAAGUCGUGCACCCCGAAGUCCCUUAGGGCUUCAGCUUUUUUCACUGCACUGCCAGACUCUGCCCUAACAAACAUGUCAGGCAGCCAGACUUCUGCACAGCUGGCUGCAGCAGACGCUCCGGACUGAUAAGGUCAAACAGUGAGCCAAGGCUUUGUUGGUUCACCUCUGGUACAGGGGCCUCACCCCCUUGGGGUGCGUGCGUCUGUGUCCUGCGUGGGAGGCUGGGACAUGAAGGAAACCUGGGUUUGUUGUUUUAUAUUAACGUGUCCUUUUGUAAACUCGUUCCUGUUUUUUGGAAUUAUUUUGUACCAGUUUACAUUGUUGUCUGAGGACUGUGUCUAUUUUUAUACCCGUGCAAGUACCUUCUGGAUAUUUCCACACUUACUGUACUGUAUUUUACUCAUUUUCUAGAGGACACUGAGAUGUUUUACAGGCUCCUGUUGGUACCACACAGUGGGCUCCAUAACUAGCUUUAUUUUACUAUGAAAGUCCAACUAGUCCCUAAUGUUUUUGUACUUCACCAGUUGCUGUACACACAGCAACGGCGUUUCAUUUAUCACGUCGCUCCCUCGACAUAUGGGACAAGCUUGGAUGCCUUUCUGCCCUGCUCCCGCACUGAUAGGACACGAGUCGGCUGUUAGGCCAUUGUUGCUCUGUACAGUUUCGUAGGGUGAUUUACACAAACGCUUUCUUGCCACAAACAGCAGUCACGUCAUCAGAAUUUGGGAACGUUCAUUGGUAGGAGGAAAACCAGGUCUGUCCUGGAAAGGAAUAGGUUCACUUCCUCCUGGGAAAUCAGCCGUUUCUCUUUUGCAUGAAUCUUCGUGGAUUGCUAUAAGACAGCAUGGGGUUAUCGGACUGAAAUUCAUUGUUGUAUUUCAAUUGCAAUUGAUCUUGAAUGUCUCUUUAUUCAAGUUUUACUUGACCCUUUUAUUUCUGUGAGAGUUGGAUGCUUAGGUAGCACUUACCUAUUUUAUACUGGCAACAGAGACAGUAAUUGUUCAUAGGCCUCCAUACACGGACCCUAGAAACCCUUUGCGCUGCUCGGAAAUGAGCAGUGUUCGAGUCGCAUUCUGGAGGACCAGAUAUCAGAUGCAGUCAAGCCUUUCACCUGCGGUCUAGCUCAGGAGUGACCCACCGUUACCACCCUAGCCGUGGCUGGUGGGUGCUCGAAGAGGAGAGAGUUGGGAAUCUCAGUCUGGUUCCUCGUGGGCGGCUGUCUAGAUCACUAACAGUGGUUAUGACGGCUGUCUUUAUUCCCUGUUGGCAGUCCCAAGAGAGACCCAGGGCUGAAUCAGGCUGGAGACAGUUACUCUCUCGCGUUCCCGUCAGGACCCUUAGGGCUGGGGUAGCACAGCGAGGGGACCUCGCACUGCUGCUGGUCGUGCAGGUCCUGGGAGAGGUGAUUUUAUUCUUUCCACCUGUCCCCCAGACAGCUUUGACAUGCCUUGCCAGCUUUGAUGUCCGCAACAGGUGACUUCUGAGUUCAAACCCCUUAGUUAUUGGCAUCCUGCUUGUGGGUGACCCAAAAAAAAUCACUGGGAGUUAGCUGUAUGAAGUCAAGAGCAGACAUAUUAGUACUUCUGACAUGGAGCCUAAAGGCUAGGAUUAUGCCUCGUUCUCCACCCUUACAGAGGCUGUAACGUGUCUAAGUCCAGUUCAGCUGGUUCCUGCAAUGACUUUGCAGUUGUCUCGGGGUUUCCAGUCUUUGAACUGGAAGGGACCCAAGGUAAGCCUCCCAAACCGCAGCCUUUCAUAACACCAUGGGCAAACAAUAGUAGAAAUGCCUGGGCAGGACUCAUCCCUGCUACAAGACUGACUUUGGUGAUUUUUAUUCCUGAUUUAGACCAGGGUACAUGGGAUCAGACUCAGGCCCUUGGACCUGAAUUUGAAAUGUUUUCCUUUGCUUCUAUGUUUAUUUCUGCCCUUUCUUCAAAGCUGCUUUCUGGUUUCCUCAAGACCGUAAGUUGAUUAUUUAACAUAUGUGCUAUAUGUAAAGUUCUAUUUUCAUAGAAACGACGAAGUUUGCAUUCAUUGCUUUUUAAAAGGACCGUUCUUCUCAGCCUCCCUGCCCAACAGCGCUGAGGACUGAGCUUUACCUGUACAUCAAAGACCUCAGCCUAUCUGACUUGGAUGUAUUCUGGAUUUGUGGACCAAGAAAAAAUAAUCUCAAUAAACUGAAGUUUGCAAA